AUGGCUGUCGACGGCACUACUCCUUCGUCGGCGGUUGAAGACGAAGCAAAGCAGCAGCAGCAGAAGUCUGCGAAAAGCAAUGGCAAAAACCCCGCUAACAUCGAUACACCCCAGCCCCUCCCAAUCCCGGAAUUGACAAAGAUCACCACCGAGGCCUGCGAUUCCGCCCUUAAGGAGACAACCGAAUACCAGCACGAGAAAGUCAGCGAGUGGAACUCCUCCAUCAUUAACACCAUCCUGAAAGCCCUAAUCACCGCCACCGCCCCCUCCGACUCCGAGCCCAAGACCCCGGCCCCCUAUCGCUUCACUGUGAACAGCACGAUCGUGCAGCAGGGACUCAUCGACAAGACCGCCGCCGCGGACGGAACACAGACCAACGCCGGUAAGCGCGGGAUGCACUCUGCCUCCGGUGCCUUCUGGGAUGUCAAUCGCGACGGCAUGUGGACGUUCAAGUACCCCGGUGCUGAGGAGCGGGGGCUCGAUGUAGUUGUUAGUGUUACUUGGUUUGCUAUGAACUAA